UUCAGGACAAACACCAACUUCUUGCUAAUAGAAAACAAAUGUUCAGACAAAAUUAACUUCGUCCCACCUAUAUAACUACCACCCCUCGCCCUCUCCACCACCAGGUUCAAAUUCCUUCUGACUGCUUUUGUCUUCUUCAUUGUGUGAGAAAUCAUGGGGGUCUUCACUUACAGUGAUGAGUUCACUUCUCCAAUUUCCCCAGCAAGACUGUUCAAGGCUUUGAUACUCGACUCUAACAACCUAAUCCCAAAACUCAUGCCACAGGUUAUUAGAAGUAUUGAAUUUGUAGAAGGUGAUGGAGGGGUUGGCAGCAUCAGGCAGAUCAACUUCCAAGAAGGUUACCAAGUGAAGUAUGUUAAAAAUCGGAUAGAUAGUAUUGACCCAGAGAAAUUCUUGUACACGUACAGCUUGGUAGAUGGUGAUGGAUUGCUGGAUAAGCUUGAGAGUGUUUUGUAUGAGGUAGAGUUCUUGGCUGGUCCUGAUGGUGGCAGCAUAAAUAAAAUGAAGAGUACCUAUCAUACCAAGGGUGAGAUUGUGCUCAGCGAAGAGGAAAUUAAGGCUGGCAAAGAAAAGGCAGUGGGAAUGUACAAAGUUGUCGAAGGAUAUCUCCUGCAAAACCCUGAUGCCUAUGCUUAGUCGCCUUUAAUUGUCAUAACGCUUGUUGCUUGUUUGUCCUGGCUAUAUGCUUACCAUCGGCUUUGUUAAAUAAAGAUGGAUUUUCUUCUCUUUGU